AUGACAAAUAUUAAGAACCUCGAAGAAAUUAAAAUGUAUGAUUUAACUGAAUAUGAAGGAUUAACGAUGAGCGAUAUUAAGAAAGGUAAGCCACAGAAGAGAGAAAAAAGAGAUGAAAGCAAAUUAUCAAAAGACCAGAAAGAAAUUUUAGAGGCGUUAAAGCAAACAGGAAACCAAAAACUAAUUGAUACUUUCUGGAGGGAUAAUGGUGAAAAGAGAACAAAUAAAAAGAGAAGUGGUGAGUUUUGGAAAUAUCUUUGCAGAUUACCUAUAAAUCUUGAACGUUAUCAAAUUUUCAAUGAACUUAACAAAAGAACUGCAAAAUUGAUGACAGAAGAUAACUGCUUCGUUUAUGCUUGCAUUCAGGCUGGAGUUGAUGAGCAGACGGUAGACCACAUGCGUGAAGUUAUUAGAGUUAGAGAUUUUCCACAAAGUAAGAUUCAGGAAAUUUCUAACGCAACUGGCAUAGCAUUUAAUGUUACCAUUGGUUAUUUCGAUAAUUCAAAAGAUAAUAAGACAGUUCAUUAUACACCAUCAAAGCCGCAAAGCGGCGAGACCGAAGGUCACACAGAAAUAAAGAAAACAAUCGAUUUAUUACUCGUUGAAGACCAUUACAUGUUAAAUGAAAGAUUACCUAUGACAACAUAUUUUAUCAUAAAUUAUAACGAAAUUCUCAAAUCAUUAGGCGGCUGGAAUAUAGAACGUCAAAUGAAAAUAUAUAAGAAAAGGGAAAAUAGAUUUGUUAUUGAUUCUACGCGAACAACUCCUUUAUGGGAUAUUUUGAAAACAUUAAGAGAGUGCAAUUACUUUGAACCGUUAUCUUAUGGUGAACUUUUCACUUAUACAACAGAUUUAUAUAAACAAAAACUUGCACCGUUUAAAGAUUUAAAUUAUACCCCGAACUACUGUGUUCAGUUAAAGAAAAAGUCUGAAAGUAAAGAUAGUGAUAAAUCAAAACAAAAAUUCAUUCCUGAACACAUUUUCUUCGCUGACUUUGAAUGUAGCACUGAUGGAGUUCAUAAAGCCUUUAACAUUUGUUAUGAUAGUGAAGAUGGAAAGAUUAGCGAAAGCAUUUGGGGUCAAAAUUGUGCAACAAAAUUUUUAGAAAGAAUUCCUGAUAAAAGUUUAAUAUAUUUUCAUAACCUCAGUUAUGAUAUCAAUUUCAUUUUAAGACAUUUAACAGAAAUUAGCGGAACACCAAUUAUUAAGGGUUCUAGAACAAUGCAGAUAACGGGAAUAUAUAAAGGUAAAGCAAUCAUUAUUAAAGAUUCAUACACUGUUAUAAAUAAGAAGCUUAAACUAUUUCCUGAAAUGUUUCAUUUGCAGUGUGGUGAAAAGGAAGUAUUUCCGUAUCAAUAUUAUUCAAGCUCUUUAUUA